AACCAUGCUCAUCUUGUUCGUGUCCUGUUUUUCAUCUUUAAUAUUUACUUUGUUUGAAUUUAUUUAACCUUGUUCUUACAUACCACCUGGUAUGUGUUUUGCGUGAAUUAUUUGAAAGACUAUUGAUGGAAUUCCCAAGAUAUGUUGAGAAAUGUCUGAAAAAGAUUUGAAAGAAGCUCAAAAGGAUUUGCCAAAAGAUUGGAAAGUUUUCCAUUCCACAAAAUCCAAAAGAUUUUAUUACUACAACAAUGUUACAAAAAAGACACAGUGGCAGCAUCCAUGUCGUGGAGAGAAAAAUAGGGAUGAUGGCAAACUAAAGUGUAAGAAGCGAAAACCAGCGACUGAUGAACAAACCAAUCUGAAAUAUGACAAAAUCAAACAGUCAUACAAAACUACGCAUGAUUUAACCAACAUUAAGAAGGAAAUAAUUCCCAAUACUGAAUCUUCUCAAAAAUCAAUACCAUCACAAAGAUUUUACCUAAAACCAUCACCUAGUGGAUCCCGACCAAAGUUGCAUACUUGUAAUCAAGAAGCUAAAGGUAGCCCACAGCUACAAGUAACUAAACCUUUUGAAAAAACUGAUAAAACUGAUGAAUCAACACGUUGCAACGAAACCGGCAGAAAAGGUUCCCAAACAACUAAAAUUGGCAACGAUUCUGCUAAAGGUAACAUUAAAACGCCUACGACUGCAAAUCAAAACUUCAAAACUAACCCUCAAGUUACUACGAGUGUAAAAGAACAAAAGGUUCCCGUGUUGGUUAAAAGCAAAUCCCAAAACGAAGCGCAAUUAAAGACCAAACAUCAGCCAUUAUCGAGAACGAAAAGUUUAGGUGAGGGAAGUGACAGUGGCGUGUCAGAUUCAAGCGACAGAAUUUUAGCAUGGCUUGCAGACACCUCAAGGAUUGACUUUAAGGAUCAUCCCAUCCCUAAUAAUCCUCCUGUAGUCAAUAAAGAGAUAUCGAAAGAUAAAUUAGAUAACAUUGCACAAAACCAGACAGUUUCUGGGAAGCAAACAUCUGCAGUUAAUACUGGAAAGGAGAAAAGUGAAAAGUGCAAGGUCGCCAUCCUGGGAUGCUCUAAAACUUCGAAACAAGAAAAAAAUGCAAUAUUAGAUAAAUCACCCCCGAAAACACACGGGAAACAGCGUUUUACACCGUAUAAAUUGAAACUACCUAACAUCAAACAUAAAACUGAAAGUUCAAGUCAAGCUGAACAGAGAAGACUUAGCGGGGGAACUGAGGGAAAAGCGAAUUCUGACGCGACGCCCAAUCAAAAUUAUUUAUUACCCAAAUUAGCCAAUUGCGUUGCGAGGAAUUUUGGCGGGAAAGCAACCCCCGGAUUGUUAGUUCCCGGAGAUUCUGAAGAUGCGACUAUUACCGAAAACCUAUUUAUUGGUGAUAAUACCGAUGUUAACAGAUUUAGCGUUCAAACUGUUAGUAAUUCGUCAGGAAAGAUUAGUUCACCCAAAACACAUCAGCUUACCAGGCCGAGCGGGGUUGUCAGCAGUGUACAACAGGAUGAAGUUCUGCCGAUGGAGGAAGAAGUUAGAAAUGAUGUUUCUGUAUCUUUGUCUGAGGAUGGCGUUGCUGAUAUGGAAAUUGAUAAUGUUGAGGAGUUUGCAAAAGAAAUUGUACAAGAGUUAAAAGAGAUGAGAGGUAUUGUCGUUGUUCAUCCAAGUCGGAAACCCAAAGGCAAAGAUCAAAUGGCGAUGAACGUUUCGAGCGAUGGUUAUGAGGGUUCUUUGUAUAUCGUUCUGGACACAAAUGUAUUGCUUUCACAUUUAAAAUUUGUCGUUGAGUUGAAAGAUUAUCCUAUCCCAGGGGUUGGAAGACCAACUUUAGUUAUUCCUUGGAUUGUAAUGCAGGAACUGGAUUCUCUUAAGGAAAAUAAAUGGCGAUCACAUGAUAGUGGUGAUAAAGCUACGAGAGUCGAUCUUUUGGCGAGAAACGCGAUCAAGAUGCUAAACAGCUUGUUUCAAAAGUCAGAUCCAAGAGUACGAGGUCAAACAGUCGAAGAGGCUGCAGAACAUGUCGGGAGUCUGCAAGAAGAAACCAAUGAUGACAGAAUAUUGCAAUGUUGUUUAUUGUUUCAUCAGAGAGCUCAAAAUGGCAGCUGCGUGUUGUUUUCAAAUGACAUAAACUUGUGCAAUAAAGCGAUGGUGAAUGGAAUUAAGGCAUUUAAACAUGAGAAAUUAUUGCCAGGACUGAAAGCUCUUUUCCAAUGUGGGGUUAUGGUAAAGCAAAAUAGUGGAGAGUACAAAAUUCAACUUGCAAUUGAGGAAGACCAGGCUCGUCGAAGGCAGAAGGCUGAUGAUAUCCUGUGCGAGCUGCAGAUAAUUUUACGCGAAGGCGUAUCUUACAUCAUAGAAAAUGAGAUGAAAAGUGCUUACGAUGAUUUGUGGAUGGAGAUCGUACACAUUAAACCACCUUGGACUCUCAUUGAUGUCCUACAGUUGUUGGAUAAGCAUUGGAUUGCUGUUUUUGGACAUAUCUUAAAACGAGACAAAAAGGAACUCAUCCACAAGCUCAGACAAAAAUUUGACGAUAGAAAAGGUACCGCCAGUUCCUUAAAAUUCUGUUCAGAUAUGUUACAGUUGGCGUUGCAGCUUUUUCAAUCCUUUGCUUAUCAUUCCAACUACGGUGAUGCUAUGCCUAAAUGCCUGGCCGCUGUAAACGUACUUGUUAAAAAAUGUCAGCAGUUCGAAGCAAGUAUGUCAUCAAGUUUUGGCAGUGAGCAAGCAAAAUGUUUGACGUAUCCAAGCACGUCGAAAGUUGUAAAUAAUAGUUCAAGCACUGUCGUAGAAGAGGAUGCUACAAUGGGUAACAAUACCGGGCAACCUCAUGAAGACGUUUUGCACACAUUCAAUUUAAUUUGGGCGGCUGUGACUCAGUUCAGUACUCAAAUUUUUACCGCACUUGGUUAUCCAAACACUAUCACAGACGAAGCCCCACAAGAUUACCCCAAAGCAUCGAAGGUUGAAGCAAUUGCGUUUCUUCGCACUCUUUGUCCCAAACUACUAAAUCUUGUGCAUUCAAUUCAAAAUGUUUUACGAGAUCCGUGGGAUAAAGUUUCACAAAAUAACAAUCUGUUCAUCCAGUUAGAACAAGCCAUUACAGUGUUUUUAAAAGAGGUUCUGUCUCAGGAAAACAGUGCUACAGCAGAAAAACUGUUCAAUUUUUGUGAGGAUGCAUCAAUGAGGACAUCCUUCAUUCAAGGUCUUUCUCAACUUGAUCGUGCAUCUGCAAUGUUACAGCAUUGUGCAUCAUGUGUUGCUCAGAGCAGCACAAUGUAAUUAUUACAUUGUGAGUGGGAUGGGGGUGUGUAAUUUCUCAUUGGUUAUGUUUGCAUGCUUGAAAUUUUGCUCCACAAAAGGUGUCUGAAUGUUAUAUGGUAUAUGAAAUUCAACCAUUUUCUAAAUAGGCAGUAAUAUAUAUAUAUAUAUACAUAAAGAAGAGUAAAGCUAUAUAUAAU